AUGCCGCUACAGAAGCUUCGACUGGUUCAAACACGGGACGGGAAUUCCGCUAAGGGGAAUGUUGAUAUCAUACUUGUUGCCGGUAUUAAUAUGCCCUCUGUUCGAGAAUGGUCAAUUUUGUCGCAGCAGUGGACGUCAUUUUUCGAGUCGACGGAUUCCUGUGUCAACAUCUUCACCUUCGACUAUGAUAUUACGCUUGACAACAAUUUCACGUUUCAAACACUGUUAGAUGAGGGACAUCGAUUGCUAGCAGCUCUCAGUCAGCACCAGCAGAGGAAUAUGCGACCCUUUAUUUUCGUGUGCCACAGUCUUGGGUCAUUUAUUGUCAAACAGGCGUUGUGUGUCGCCAAUGCCCAAAAGCAUUCCUACUCGGCGAUUCUCAACUCUGUCUUAGCAAUUAUGUUCUUGGGAGCUUUACAUUUGCCAUCUGCUCCAGAAAAACUCUCAGAGCAGUACAAUCUCAUCCUUCGAUCAAUCUCUAAUGAUAUAUCUAAGCAAGGAUUUGCUCGGAUAGCAAAAGAGUCCUGGCUUCUUGCCAACAUUUCCAAGCUCUUCGGCGACAUUGAGAUGCAGGUAGAGAUUCUCUCAUUGUACGAGACAGAAGAGACACGAAUCCGUGUCGGCAUGAUGGACGGGAAAGGCCUUUUCAGUUCCCACCGGAGCUUUAUGCUCUCGGGACCUGAAGUAUCAAAUAUCGGUGCCAUUCGAGAGCAGCAGUUUAGACUCGCUGGGACGCAUAUCGAACUCCCCAGGCUCCAGCAGCCCGAUGGACAGCCUCAUCAUCAGAUACAGGAAUGGCUGCGAUUUGUACUGAGUAAUAGCUACAGACAAGCAGCUGAACGCAUUCUCAGUCCAGACGCGCCAAGUCCAACUAUUAGUUUGACAAGUUUGUCCUCAUAUGAUGCAGCCAGGAUUGCUUUGAAAGGCAGUAAUUGUCAGCCAACCACGGCUAACUCUGCAACUAAUGAAGCUACGGCUGGGUCUUCAAUCACGAAGGAAUGGCAGCUGGUUCCAAUUUUGGAUGGCUUCAACACUCCGAGGCGCUUGGCAAAGUUGCCUUGUUUCAUGAUUGAUAUACCAGUUCGAAACAACACAUUUUUCGGCAGGGAGUCUAUCAUUCAAGAUCUAGACAAAUUGCUACUACCGCCGGAGAGGCCAACGACAUCUUCGCUAGCAAACUCAGACCGACGACAUGUGGCUCUCUGCGGUAUUGGCGGUAUUGGUAAAACAUCCAUAGCGAUUGAGUAUGUAUUUUCCCGGAAGGAGAAAUUCGAUGCUAUAUUUUGGAUCCGAUCCGAUGAGGCCUCAAAGCUUGAUCACGAUUUUUGUCGAAUUGCUAUGGAGCUUGGUCUUCAGGACACAAGCGAGGCUUUCAACCCUGUUGUAUGUCGAGAGCUCGCAAAGGGCUGGCUUGAAAACCCAGUACGGGUUCUUGACCACGAACAUGACAUCGUCAGCCAAGCGGAUGCUCAGUGGCUAAUAGUUUUUGACAACGCGGACAGUCCGGAUUUAUUGCAAGAUUAUUGGCCAUUGUCGUCUAACGGAUCGAUUUUAGUGACCAGUAGAGAUCCCCUCGCCAAGAGCAGCCCCUCUAUUUCAUCCAAAUAUAUUGAUUUGGCUCCCUUGGGAAACAAUGAGGGUGCAGAACUUCUUCAGCGACUCUCGCAUGUGACUGAAAAUGUGGAGGUCUCAGUCAAGAUUGCUGCUAAGCUGGGGGGUCUUCCACUGGCUAUUUCCCAAAUGGCAGCAAUAAUUCGGUAUCAAUAUCUUUCCUUUCCGGAGUUUUAUGAAAGGUACGAAGACGAAUCUGACAGACGCGAACUUCACUCUUUAAACAUUGUCACUCCUCGGCCGGAGGCUAGAGGGAACAUUGCCUCCAUUUGGGCAGUAGAACAACUGGGGCCGCAUGCAGCAUGUCUUCUGGAGGUCUCUGCAAUGUUGGAUCCCGAUUGCAUACAGGAGCGGCUUUUUACUGGCGAUUUGGGUGCUGUGGGACAGCUAGAGGAUUUCCCUAAGACUUCCUUUGCCUACUCCGCUGCGCGCGCUGACCUGAUCAAGCGAUCUCUUAUCACACGCAAUGCUGACAAAAGAGAGUUCAGGAUCCAUCGUGUGCUGCAAGACUCAGUUCUGUCUAAGCUGACUCCUGGAAAGAUGCUUCAAACGUUCUCGUUUGCCGUGGACCUUGUUCUAGCGGCGUGGGGUAGUACACCUCUCGUGCAGAGGCAUGCCAUAAGCCUGGCUAGGAGCCGAGAUGGCCUCUUUAGCCAUACUUUAGCAAUGAGAAGCUUGUUCGAAAAACAUUACCAGGCUAAAGUCCACGGGCCAGGCCUUCAGGUUGCAAAACUUAUGAAUGAGGCAGGGUGGUACCAACACGAGAAAGGAAACUCAGAAGAUAUCAAACCUUUUCUUAAAUUAGCACUGGAGAUUUGCAACCAAACUCCUGGUCCAGAAUCUGCCCAACUGUUGACUGAUAUCCACUACGGAUUGGCAGCCGCAGCAAACGAGACUAACGAUAGGGCGGCUUGUCUCCAUCACACCGAGCAGCUACUCAAACUACGCCUUAAGGCAAGUUUAUCCACCGGGGUAAAAGACAUACGCCUCGCAAUUGCACACAACGAAUAUGGCAUUGCUUUAGUAAUGAACCACGAAUAUGAGAAGGCGAUCGCAGAAUUCAACACUUCCAUUGAGGUAUACCGCGGAUUAGAGGACUACUGGCCAUCGAUGGACACAAAUCCACGCACAAAUCUGGGCUUCACAUACUGGGUUAUGGGAGACCUUGAUCAAUCUUGGCAGACUCUCCGAGACCUGCUCGAUGACCGGGAAACCAAAUUUGGUGUUAAUGAUAGAGAAUCUUACAGAACUGGUAGAGUUUAUCAUGGGCUCGGAAACAUAUGCUAUGACCGUGGUCUAUUUGAUGAGAGCUACAAUUGGCACCAGAGAGCUCUUGCUCAUUAUCAAGCCACGCUUGGCAGCAACCAUCACAAGACUGCAGAUCUCUGUCAUCGUGUUGCUAAGCAUUGCUUACGACGCCAAGAAAAAGAGUAUACUAGAAUUUUAAUCGACCAAGCCUUGAAAGUAUACAGUUUGAGAGAGUCAAUAUAUCUCCCAGAGCUCGCUCGAACAACGUUUCUAAAGGCGCAGUUUGCCAUGAAUUCUGGAGAUGUCUUGGAAGCUAUAGAGCUUUUCAAGAAUGCGAAAGAUAUGAGAUCUCAGAUACCAGACGCCCCAUGCAAGCCGGAUGCAAGUCUAAGGGAGGAUGAUUUCGAUCAGCUUGUGACUUUCUUUUCUCGAUAA